CUCCUGACUCAGACCUAUGGCAGCAAGAACUUGAAGCAGGUGGGCACCAUCCUACAGCGAGGGAUCCUCAUCCUGCUGCUGUGCUGCUUCCCUUGCUGGGCACUCUUCAUCAACACCGAACGGAUCCUCCUGCUCAUCCGACAGGACCCUGAGGUCUCCAGGUUAACUCAGGUCUACGUGAUGAUCUUCAUUCCAGCACUUCCUGCGGUGUUUCUGUACCAGCUGCAGACGAGAUAUUUACAAAGUCAGGCGAUCAUUUUGCCUCAGGUGUUGACGGGGAUUGCAGCCAACAUCCUCAAUGUGGCCAUGAACGCCUUCUUCCUAUAUGCGCUGAAGCUGGGCAUGGUGGGCUCUGCCUGGGCUAACACUGUUUCUCAGUAUACCCAGGCCAUUCUCCUCUUCCUUUAUGUGUGGUGGAAGAAGAUCCAUGUGGAGACCUGGGGAGGUUGGACCAGGGAAUGUCUCCUGGACUGGGAUUCCUUUAUCCGGCUGGCGAUACCUGGCAUGUUCAUGAUAUGUAUUGAAUGGUGGACCUUUGAGAUCGGGAGCUUCUUGGCAGGGCUGCUCAGUGUGGUGGAGCUGGGAGCGCAGUCUGUCAUCUACGAGCUCUCCUCUGCAGUGUACAUGGUACCGCUGGGCUUCAGCGUGGCUGCGAGUGUCAGAGUGGGCAAUGCCUUGGGAUCGGGGGAUGCGGUGCAAGCCAAGACCUCCUGCCUGACUGCCCUGCUGUGCACAGAAGUUUUUGCUGUGGUGAUUGCAAUACUACUAGGAACCCUAAAGGAUGUGGUGGGAUACAUCUUCACCAAUGACAGGGAGAUCGCUACCUUGGUGUCCAAAGUGAUGAUCAUCUUUGCUCCGUUCUACUUGUUUAAUGCAGCAGCAGCAACGUGUGGCGGCGUGCUGCAGGGCACAGGGAAGCAGAAGAUGGGUGCUAUCGCCAACGCCAUCGGCUACUACGCCAUCGGCCUGCCCAUCGGCGUCUCACUGAUGUUUGCGGCGAAGAUGGGGGUGUUAGGUCUGUGGGUGGGGAUGAUCAUCUGCAUCUCUGUGCAAGCCCUUUCUUUCUCCGCUUUUGUCAUGCGCAUGGAUUGGAAGAAAGCUGCAGAAGAGGCUCAAGUUCGAGCUGGACUGAAAAAACAACUGGAAGAUGUGAACUCCAAUAGCACAGCUGCUAACAAAACAUCUGCUGUGGAUUACAUCUCUGUUGACACAGACACCAUAGACACUGUGGUCCUGCCUGAGAGCAUCGUGGGAGAUGACAGGCAACCUGACCAGCAGCCCAUCAUACAGGAGGAGCCUGUUGUCAUCCCCUCUCCUCCCGCGGUGCUAUGGAGGUCCCUGAUCAUCCGCCGUGUGCUGGCUGCUGCCACGGCCAUCGCUGUCCUGCUGGUGGGCAUACUGGUCCGGCUCCUGACUUGCAAUGUCUAG